GGAGAGCGAAGAAAGCGAGGACAGUAAGGACAAUAGCGGUAGCGAGUAUGGUGACAGUGGGGAUGAGGGUACUUGUAGGCAACGUUGAACCGCUAGAAUCGACUAUAUGAAAGACGCGUGGGAACUCUUCCCAUGGUGCGCCCGCCAGAAAGGGCUAGCGCGGAUGUUCUGGUAGAUGUUGGACGAUAGUAAUGAGGACGGCCAGGCUAGUACGCUACUUCAGCUGCUCGCCGCGUUUAUUUUCGAGCCGUACGUCUGCAGUCCGUUCGAGAGCAGGCUGGUACACUUCAUGGCAGUGCUGGGGUUCGAUACAGAGAUGGGCUGCUUGCGCACUGCUAAAAACUACGCGUACAUGAUUGCUGGCGUGGUGUACUGCGUGCGUGUGAUUGGCGUCGAGUAUCUACUUCCGUCAGCGCAUCGGGAGCAGCAAGGCAUAGCGGAGUGGGAACGCUUUCUGGAGAUGCGGGGAAACUUUCUAGCCGACGGUUCGUACAGCCCGAUGAGCCAGCUGCUCAGUCUACUGGCAUACGGCAAGUACAUCGCGUUGAAUUCGGGCAACUCGGGGAGCGCUUUCUGGUCUGAGGACAAGACGAUCUUCUAUCCCAGGGCGGCAACUGGAGUCAGUACUGAGUCGCAUUUGUUAGGGAUGGAAUAUUCGCGCUAG